UUUUCAUGUAACACCACCGGAAAGUGAGAGACGCGCAGGAGGAUUUGUUUUGGUGAAGGCGAAACAGAGUUGCCCGGUUGAAUAAGGAAAUUAUUUCAUAUAUUUGAUCAUUUAUUAAUAGCUUUAAAGUCAUACAGUUAUGAAGCCAGCAGUCGAUGAAAUGUUUCCUGAGGGAGCCGGGCCGUAUGUUGACCUGGAUGAGGCAGGGGGCAGCACUGGACUGCUGAUGGACCUGGCGGCCAAUGAGAAGGCAGUACACUCAGACUUUUUCAAUGAUUUUGAGGAUCUGUUUGAUGAUGAUGAUAUUCAGUGAUGAAGAAGACGAAUAGGAUUAAACACUGUAUAAAGAUGUUCGUUGCUCUACAUGUAAUUUGUUUCUUUUGUUAUGAUGUAUUGUCACUUCUUCAGUUUUGUUAGUUUUGUUCAUCAAUAAACUUUUUUGUGAGAUAAGAA